AUAGACUUUUUAUAGAAAAGUUAAAACCUCUGUUUUGAGCUUGUUUCAUGUGUGUAAUGCAUUAGAACCGUUGCCAGAUAAAGGCUUUAUACGACCAUUUUCCCUCUAUUUCUGGCAACGGUGAUAUAUUGUCAACACGAUUGUGUGUAUAACCUGUCAGCACGUGUGAAUUCCACUGGAGUCCACGUAGCGGAGUAAAUACUUAUAGUCGAAUUUGUAAUGGAAGAAGACGAAAGAGCUUGAAAAGAACAUAGCUUAAGUAUAUCAGAAAUUAAAGAAUAUACAGUGUAUUUUACUGUUUCAAAAUGAGCACAAUAUUGGAAAAGAUUGCUUCGAUCGAAGCCGAGAUGGCUCGUACCCAAAAGAAUAAAGCCACCUCUGGCCAUUUAGGUUUAUUGAAAGCAAAGUUGGCUAAGUUGAGACGAGAACUUAUCACUCCUAAAGGUGGUGGAGGUGGUGGUGAACAGGGGUUUGAAGUGGCUAAAACCGGUGAUGCUAGAAUAGGUUUUGUUGGCUUCCCCUCCGUGGGUAAAUCUACAUUGUUGAGUACACUUGCUGGAGUAUAUUCUGAAGUAGCUGCAUAUGAAUUCACAACUCUUACUACAGUACCAGGUUGCAUAAAAUACAAAGGAGCAAAGAUACAGCUACUCGACCUUCCUGGUAUCAUCGAAGGUGCUAAAGACGGUAAAGGACGUGGAAGGCAAGUUAUCGCUGUUGCCAGAACUUGCAGCUUAAUAUUUAUAGUAUUGGAUGUAUUGAAACCACUCGGGCACAAGAGAUUAAUCGAACACGAAUUGGAAGGUUUCGGGUUGCGAUUGAAUAAACAGCCGCCGAAUAUUACCUUUCGAAAGAAAGAUAAAGGUGGCAUCAAUUUUCAAACUACGUGCGCACAGUCAGAGCUCGAUUUAGAUUUAGUGAAAAGCAUUCUAUCAGAGUAUAGAAUUCACAAUGCAGACAUCACUUUGCGAUACGACGCCACUUCCGACGAUUUGAUCGAUGUCAUUGAAGGAAACCGCGUUUAUGUACCGUGUAUUUAUUUGCUCAACAAAAUAGAUCAAAUCAGUAUCGAGGAGCUCGAUAUCAUUUAUAAAAUACCGCACUGUGUACCCAUUUCCGCUCAUCACAAAUGGAACUUUGAUGAUUUGCUUGAAAAAAUGUGGGACUACUUGCAGCUGGUCAGAAUCUACACCAAGCCUAAAGGUCAGCUUCCGGAUUAUAAUUCCCCUGUGGUGCUAAACAGAGAGAGGAGAACCGUGGAAGACUUUUGUAAUAAACUUCAUCGAUCCAUCGCGAAGGAGUUCAAAUACGCUCUUGUAUGGGGAUCGUCCGUGAAACACCAGCCUCAAAAAGUAGGAAAAGAUCAUGUGUUGUGCGACGAGGAUGUUGUGCAGAUUGUGAAGAAAGUUUAAUUUUCUCCAAUUUAUGAUGCAUAUUUUUAAAGAACAUUGUACGUACAUUUGAAUUGAUGUAUCUUCGCUUAAAAGAUCAUGUAAUAUUUUUAUUUUUGAUGUAAUAUAAGGCGUGAUGAAGGUUAGGGAAAUACCGCAUAAAAAGAAAAAAGAAAAUGAUCCAAUCAUUUUGGUAUGUAUCUGAGAAGAAAUAUAUAAUAGAAAUGGUUGAAAAAUAGUUUUUUACCGAAUAAACAGUAUACAGUUCAA